GCAGCCGACGCGGCUGAGCGGAGCGCGGCUGCAGCCCGGGGGGCGGGGCGGAGCUGUGGGAGCCUCGGCCUCCUCCAGGCCCCCUGCGUGGCUCUCAUGCGGCGCCCUGGUUGACACCUCAAGUCCGCCGAUCCCCGUCCUCCCGGGGACCACCGACCAGCCCUGCCCGCCGCCCUUGGCGGUUGACGUCGUGGUGGUGCGGGCCCGCGGUGGCUGCCCAUGGAGAAGGUCGGGCGGGGCUGCCAGGGUGCCCCGCGGGGGCCAGUACUGCACAUCGUGGUGGUCGGUUUUCAUCACAAGAAGGGCUGCCAGGUGGAGUUCUCUUACCCGCCCCUGAUUGCAGGAGAGGGGCACGACAGCCACACUGUACCUGAAGAGUGGAAGUACUUGCCCUUCCUUGCCUUACCGGAUGGCGCCCACAACUACCAGGAAGAUACUGUGUUUUUUCACUUACCACCCAGAAAUGGAAAUGGGGCCACUGUGUAUGGUAUCUCUUGCUAUCGGCAAAUUGAAGCCAAGGCUUUGAAAGUACGGCAAGCAGAUGUCACCAGAGAGACCGUGCAAAAAAGUGUCUGUGUGCUCAGCAAGCUGCCUCUCUAUGGCUUACUUCAAGCAAAACUUCAGCUCAUCACGCAUGCAUAUUUUGAAGAGAAGGAUUUUUCCCAAAUUUCCAUUCUAAAGGAACUCUAUGAGCACAUGAACAGCUCCUUGGGAGGGACGUCGCUGGAAGGCUCCCAGGUGUAUCUUGGUCUGUCUCCUCGAGAUCUUGUGCUUCAUUUUCGACACAAGGUCUUAAUUCUGUUUAAAUUAAUUCUUCUUGAGAAAAAGGUUCUCUUUUAUAUUUCUCCCGUGAACAAAUUGGUGGGAGCCCUCAUGACGGUGCUGUCCCUCUUUCCAGGCAUGAUCGAACACGGUCUCAGUGACUGUUCGCAGUACCGACCCCGGAAGAGUACGUCUGAAGAUGCUGGGCUUCAGGAAAACAACCCCGCAGAUGAUUUUGUUCCCGUGUCUGCCUCUAACAUUUCAAAUACCAACUCGGACGCUGUCAAGAAAAUCGUGACAGGAAACCACAGGGGAGAUGCUGCCGUCAAGACCGAAGAGCCUUUGUUUCCCAUAGAAGACAGCAGCCAAGGACAGGAGCUCCGUGACAGCCAUCGGUAUUUGAGACCUCCUUCUCGGCCGUCUCCGGAGUCUUCAGAGAGUGACUGGGAGACCUUGGACCCUAGUGUCUUAGAGGACCCCGCCUUGAAAGAAAGGGAGCAGGUCGGGUCGGAGCAGACAAACUCAUUUCCAAAGGAGGCAGUGCCCUCCGACAGCCCUCCGAUUACUGUGCAGCCGCAGGCAAACAUGGGCCAGGCAGUCCUGGUGCCGGGGCUCAUUUCCGGUUUGGAGGAGGACCAGUAUGGCAUGCCGCUGGCCAUCUUCACAAAGGGCUAUCUGUGCUUGCCUUACAUGGCUCUGCAGCAGCAUCACCUUCUCUCUGACGUCACCGUUCGGGGAUUUGUUGCUGGAGCUACUAACAUCCUUUUUCGACAACAGAAACACCUCAGUGACGCCAUUGUGGAAGUGGAAGAGGCUCUCAUUCAGAUCCACGACCCCGACCUCAGGAAGCUGCUCAACCCCACCACGGCUGACCUCAGGUUCGCAGACUACCUGGUGCGGCACGUGACCGAGAACAGGGAGGACGUCUUCCUGGACGGCACGGGCUGGGAGGGCGGGGACGAGUGGAUCCGAGCCCAGUUUGCGGUCUACAUCCACGCCCUGCUGGCCGCCACGCUGCAGCUAGAUAACGAAAAGAUGCUUGCAGACUAUGGGACAACCUUUGUGAUGGCAUGGAAGAACACUCACAACUACAGAGUCUGGAACAGCAACAGGCAUCCAGCCCUGGCCAAGAUCAAUCCGAACCACCCUUUUCAAGGCCAGUACUCGGUGUCAGACAUGAAGUUAAGAUUCUCACAUUCUGUUCAAAACAGUGAACGUGGCAAAAAAAUUGGCAGCGUCAUGGUCACCACCAGCCGGAAUGUCGUGCAAACGGGAAAAGCUGUUGGCCAGUCGGUGGGAGGAGCUCUCUCCAGCGCAAAGACGGCCAUGUCUUCAUGGCUUUCCACCUUUGCCAGCUCCACCGCCCAGAGCCUCCCCGAGCCACCAGGCGGGAAGCCCUGAGCAAGGCACCCAGAGGCCGCAGCUGCUUUCUUAGGGCUGAGUGUCACCUGUCUGUCUGCUGCUCUUUGACUGCUCCUCCUCCUCAGCCAUGGGUCCACAACAGGGGACCGAUACGUUGGACUGUUUACAUGGACGGUCACCCUCUGUCCAAGUGAAUGUCAAGGACACUGAAGAAAUGAACCCGCAGCCACUGCAGGGAUGGCCGUCCAGGUUGCCGAACUCUUCUGUUUGGGUCUGAGCCCGAUUAAAACACACAAUGUCCCUUCUAGUGAUAUUUCAAGUUCUGAUGGUCUAUAUUUGUUUACGUUAGGGACAUUUUCACUUGUGUAAAUUUUGUUCUGUUUUGCUGUUUGAAUAGGUGGAUAGUUACUGUAAUUUAUUGUGUUAAAUUGUUAUAUUAGUAUUUUAGUUUCUCUAAAGUUGGGCCUAACGUGCUUAUAAAGUUAAGGGGGCACACAAUCAAACCCUUAGUUGUUAUUUUGCAGAGUUAUAUAAUGAUUUUUUUGGUGGUGGUGGUAUGUGGUUUUCUACUCACAAACUAUCGAUUAACUUCCUCCCGGAAAUGUGAAUGUCAUAGGUGGUGGUUCUGAGGAAGCAGCGUUUGGUUUUCUGUUUCACUUCUUUCCCAGUCCUAAACGCUUGCUCUGCAGCAUCAAGUCUGUCUGCUUUUUCCUUCUCUUCUCCUCGUUCAGGUAGGCGUGCGGAGGAGUGGCGGAGUGCCGGGUACGCAGUAUUGGAGCGGUUGAACGUGACCGCAUACUUAGGGCAGGACUUUGGAAGACCUGGGUGUGAGCUUUGUCAGCUGUAGUUAUGUCACAGUCUUUUACAAGCAUUUUUAAUCCAGAGUUUGUGCCUUCUAUUUCUUCUUUUAAGUGGUUUUCCAUUGGGUGUGUACAGACCUCCAGGGUUUUUCUUAGUCUUAUCUAUACUUCAGAAAGCUUUUUAAGGCACCUGGCUUCCCCACUUCCCUGAUAGAAAAUCUUCCCCUACUCACCCCCAUCUAAAAGUAUUUUUAAAAGUAAGGCAAGAUGAUCUGUAAAUAUUACAUAGAAAUCCCAUCUUAGCUCACAUGUAGGAAAGCAGUAAGACAAGAAAACCACAGCCAUGACAUCAGUCGUGUUUCAUGGAAGGUGUCUGGUUUCAUGUCAGACAGCUGCACGCGUGUGUCUCCUGAAGACGUUGACACAGCUGGACCUCACAUCUGCCAGGCUCAGCUCACGUUUGCUUUUCAUGGGCCAUGGGAAGGGUGUCUCAGGGAGUCCGUACAGGAGAACGACUGCUUCAAUACACACACGGAGUGAGUGUGAUGUACGUAUGCUAUAGAUGGUAUUGGGAAAAUGAGGGUCCUAAUUAGGGCUAUAUUUGAUUUAUCCCCUUAGGAAAUGUUUAUAUAACAUACAUCUUUUUAGGACAUGUGAAGUGGUCAUAUGGACAUAAUCUAAGUAUCUCUAAAUAUUCCAGUUUGCAUUUCAACACAAGUCCAGCAAAUCUAAAAGCAUCCUUCCAUUUGAGCAUAACAACUCCGGUGAUGGUGGAAGGAGACAUGAUUUGGGGUAGUCACCACAGUAUGAUACACAGGUGAUGUGUUAUAGAAUUGUACACCUGAAACCUAUAUAAUUUUAUUAACCAAUGUCACCC